AAAUCUCUCAAACUUCCCUUAAUUACCCUCUUCUUCCACACCUUUCUCUCCAUAGAUUCCAUCCCAUCUUUUCUUUAUCAUUCAAAAAAGAUUCCACCGUCGACAAGCGUUGUAUUUAUUUCAAUUUGAAUUCUUUUUUCAGAGAAUCUAUGGAUGCUUCCAUGAUCAGAUGCUCCCAGGUGCUUCCCGGCAGGUCCGAUUUGGGAUCCGUCCACGGCGUUAGGGUUUGUGCUUUUAACAAAGCCUCCCAACAAGCUAAGGCCUCUUCUUCUUCCACGAUGAAUUCCAACUCGUGUUUACUCCAGACUCUUGUGCGGCCUUCAAGCCGUUCAGCUCGCUUAACCAUUAAAGCCGCCUCUGCCGAGCCGCGCGUUGCUGAUAGAGUUUGUGGAACGAGAAGAUCUUCUCAUAUUGAUCAUUUGAAACUUUAUGUUGGGAUGCCAAUGGAUGCAGUCUCUGAGUCUGGGACCGUAAACCACGCACGAGCUAUUGCAGCUGGACUAAAAGCUCUGAAGUUACUGGGUGUAGACGGCGUAGAACUGCCGAUCUGGUGGGGUUUUGCAGAAAAGGAAGCCAUGGGAAAGUAUGACUGGACCGGCUACCUCGCUGUUGCUGAAAUGAUCCACAAGCUUGGCAUGAAGCUUCACGUCUCGUUCUGUUUCCAUGCAUCAUCCUCCACGGAACACAAAAUUUCACUCCCCGAUUGGGUUUGCAGAAUUGGGGAGUCCGAUCCUAGCAGCAUUUUCUAUACGGACCGGUCAGGACGCCAGUACAAAGAUUGCUUGUCCUUAGCUGUUGAUGACCUUCCCGUUCUUGAUGGAAAAACUCCUGUGCAAGUGUACCAAGCUUUCUGUGAGAGCUUCAAGGCAGCAUUUUCCAAGUUCAUGGGUUCCACAAUAACUGGCAUAUCAAUAGGUUUAGGGCCAGAUGGCGAGCUUCGAUAUCCUUCCCAUCACCACCAAGCAUCCAAGAGCAGGAAGAAGCUUGUUGGAGCCGGGGAGUUCCAGUGUUACGACAAGAACAUGCUCAGCCAUCUGAAGCACCACGCGGAAGUGAUUGGCAACCCAUUGUGGGGACUUGGUGGUCCCCACGAUGCUCUGAGCUAUGAUGAGUUGCCGAGCUCGUCCAGCUUCUUUAAAGAUCAUGGAGGAUCAUGGGAGACGGCUUACGGCAAUUUUUUCCUUUCGUGGUACUCCAAACAGCUCAUUGCACACGGGGACCGGCUCCUCUCUGCUGCUGCCUCUACUUUCAGGGACUCCCCAAUUACAGUUUCCGGAAAACUUCCCCUGAUCCAUUACUGGUUUAAAACCCGUUCCCACCCAGCCGAGCUCACAGCCGGGAUCUACAACACGGUCAUCAGAGAUGGCUAUGAAGAGAUGAUUGAGAUGUUUUCCAGGAACGGCUGCAGCAUUGUCUUGCCAGGAAUGGACCUGUGUGACGAGCAGCAGCCAAGCGAGUCACUCUCAAGUCCGGAAUCAUUACUAGCACAUAUCAUGUCAUCUUGCACGAAACACCGAGUUGAGAUCAUGGGGCAGAACUCGGUGGCCUCCAAUGCCACCGGCAGCAGUUUCCAACAGAUGAAGAAGAACUUGCUGCAUGAGGAAGAAGGCGCGGCGGUGGCGAUCAGCUUGCUAACCUACCAGCGCAUGGGGGCGCAUUUCUUUUCACCUGAGCAUUUUCCUUUGUUCACGAAUUUCAUUCGAAACCUUAGGGAAAUGGGACUCGACGCAGACGAUCAGCCUGCAGCAGGGAAGGAGGAAGAGCAAGUGGCAGCUGGCGCCGGCCGGUUUCUUUCUGGCAGGGAGCUACAGGAACUAGCUGCUUAAACAUGUCUGCUGGUGUAGGUACUGUAAUAUAGUAUGAAUCUAGUUCGAUUUUACUUGGACAACUGCAAUACUAUGUCAAAUAUACUGGGAGCUGUAACUCUGCAAGACGUAAUCUAGUCUGGGGAUUUUAUUUAUUUGCCAAGUAUACUCUUGUAAAAUAUCUAUAUAUAUCACAGGCUUCUGUUUUACUACACAUUUUCACCAUGUUUAUGCGAUGACAUGAAGCCAAGUAUUGAAUGCACAUACUGGCAUACAUAUAAAUUUUCAAACUUUUU